AUGUCGUCUCCACGACUUCAGCAUCGUGCCAGCAGCAGCGCAAAUUUGCAAGGUGACUUCCGUGUGGAGGUUUUGGGUAGCCAAGAGUCGCUAGAUCUUGACUGUGGCAAGUUUUACACGGAAUACAUUCUGCGUUGCUCGUGGAUUAAAUGCAAUGGAACACCAGAGGUUAAACUGCAACAAAUUUGGGACGUCGUCCGUCGCUAUCGUGAAUUCUGCGCAAUCGACAUAUUGUUGCGCGAGAAGUAUCCGUCGCGUGCACCGAUGUUCCCGUACUUGCCAAGUAAGAAAUACAUUGGCUCGUCAUUAUCAGCUGACUUUGUGGACAAGCGACAGCGUGAUCUUGGCUAUUAUAUAAUGUCCAUUCUACAUAGCUGUCCAUUGCUCGUGCAAGAUGAAAUUAUCGACUCUUUUCUAGACAUUAAGCGACACAUUCUCGAACGCGCGCGAGAAGAAGAAUGCAGCGAUAGUCGCUCUGUCUCUACUCCCACGCACACAAUGAGCAACUUUGGGGGCGUUAGUCCCUUGCGUAAUCAUUGA